CAUACAUUAAAGACUUAUCCUCGGACUCAACUCUUUUCCCCAUAAGUAAUAAGUAAAGCAGCGAAACCAAUUUAGCAGACUCAAUUAAUUGUUUGGUUGCUCUUGCUCCUGAUGAUGGCCGCUACAGCUUCUACUACUCUCACCUCUGUAUUUCUUCCUUUCCAAGGAUUUCGUGAGUCAUGUCGAAGCCUAAAUUGGAGAACCCACAAGAAACAGUUGGCUAGAAAAGCUGGUCCUGUUAAAGUUACAGCUAAAUUUGAGCUGACGCCACCACCUUAUCCCAUGAAUGCUCUGGAGCCACAUAUGAGCCAUACUACAUUCGAAUACCACUGGGGGAAACAUCACAGGGCUUAUGUAGAUAACUUAAACAAGCAAAUAGAUGGAACAAAACUGGAUGGAAUGACACUAGAGGACAUAAUACUUAUUACAUAUAACAGAGGUGAUCUCCUUCCACCAUUCAACAAUGCUGCACAGGCUUGGAAUCAUCAAUUCUUCUGGGAUUCUAUGAAGCCUAGUGGAGGAGGAAAGCCAUCUGGUGAACUAUUAGAACUAAUUAACAGAGACUUUGGUUCCUUUGAAGCAUUUGUUAAAGAAUUUAAGGCAGCCGCAGCAACACAAUUUGGUUCUGGGUGGGCUUGGCUUGCGUACAAAGCAAAUAGACUUAAUGUAGGAAACGCGUCAAAUCCCCAUCCUACCGAUGAGGACAAAAAGCUUGUAGUGGUGAAAACUCCUAAUGCUGUAAACCCUCUCGUGUGGGAUUACUCACCUCUCCUCACUAUUGACGUUUGGGAGCAUGCUUACUAUCUCGACUUUCGGAAUCGGCGCCCUGACUACAUAUCAAUUUUUAUGGAGAAGCUUGUAUCAUGGGAGGCGGUGAGUUCUAGGCUUGAAGUAGCAAAAGCUAAAGCCGCUGAACGGGAAGAAGAAGAGGAGAGGAAGAAAAGAGAGGAGGAAGAGGAAUAUAAAGCAGGUGGUGAAGUUAGAGAGAUGUAUGUGGAAAGUACAGAUUCUGAUGCGGAAUAAUGUGUGUUAUCGAUCUCAAGUUCGAUAGUUUCGGAAAUAUGUAUCAAGGCAAAUUUUGAAAGUAGAAAGAUGGUUAACUAGCAUUUCAGUUGCUAUAAAUGUAAGGAGUGUAAUAGCAAGAUAAAACUGAGGUUUGGAUGUUGGAAAUGGGAACUACAAUGUGAAAAGUCCAUGUAUAGCGGAAUUCAUCUGAUUUUGAUUCCUUA